AUACUUAUUCGAUCUUCGAUCUCAUUUUCUCCGUUUCUAAUUUAUUCCUAUCAUGUCAGUUGUAACAGUUUUUGUACAAAGUGAAAACGCGUCUUCUGAAAGACGCUUUGAUGUCAGUCUUACAAUAAAACAGCUCAAGGUGAAACUAGAACCUAUUACGGGUAUUCCUGCUGAUUCACAAGUUUUACAAUUAUAUAAUGGCGAUACUAUGAUCACGUCUAUAGAAGGGGAUAAUUAUAUGAUUGGAGACUUUCCGGUGAACAAUUUUAUGACACUUAAAGUUAAUGAUGCGAAUCCUAAUAAUAAUAAAAACAAAUUUACAGAUCUAUCAUCUGUGGAAAAAUAUGAAUUACCCGACGAUGAAUAUGCUAAACGAUCAGACUCGGUGCUUGCAUUUAAGCAACGUAAUAAAUUAGGAAGAUUUUCUGAUGCUAAAUCGUCGACUUCAAAUGCUUCUCAGACAUUUGAAGAGGAAGCAAAAAACAUUAAAGUUGGUGAUCGAUGUGAAGUUGAUUUUGGUGAAGGAAAUGAAGAAGGAUUAAAAAGACGUGGUAUUGUGAAAUUUGUUGGUGAAACUAAAUUUAAGCCGGGUUAUUGGGUUGGUGUUCAAUAUGAUGAGCCAGUUGGAAAACACGAUGGAACUGUUCAAGGAGAAAAGUAUUUUGAAAGUCCUCCAAAACAUGGUGCAUUUGUUAGACCAAAUAAAGUAAAAGUUGGCGACUAUCCUGAAGAAACUUUUGAAGAAGAAAUGUAGAAAUAAAUUGGUUGACAUUUAUUUAUUGUUGAAUUUUUUUUAUAAACAAGUUAUAAUAUGAUACAAAUACAACAAAAUAUUUUAGAAAUUAUGCGGUUUAAUGCAUGUGCAAUAUAAUAUUACUAAUAUUAAAGAAAUUAUUAUAAAUUAUUAUCACUUAAUUUAUGAAUUAAUUUGAUUUCCGGAGAUUUUUUUUGUUAUAAAUAUACAAAAAAUAAACGAAUAAU